AUGACUGGUGGACCCCAGAAAUGGAUGUAUUUGAUUGGCUUCAGUCUUAGCUGUCUUAAAAUGGUGAGUUCAUCAAGGACGUCUCCUGAAAUACCCACGAUUGAUCAGGCGUAUUCCAAAAUCAGCAACAGUAUCACCGUAGAAUGGGCUACAGUGCCUGGGGCCACCAGUUACCUGCUCACCGCCAAAGACGGGGACACGGUCAUUGAAACCAUGGUGGCCAGUUCCCCCGGCACUGUGACCGGCCUGAAGGCUGCAACCCUGUACCAAAUCACCGUCAGAUCCAUCAGUGCUGCUGGGAGAAGCCAGGCGUCACCUCCAACGCAGGCAAAGACAGUGUUGGCCGCACCAAUUCUAGAAGUAAGUUCUCCAAGCCCAGACUCUAUUCUUGUGCAGUGGGAAGCUGUCUGUAUGGCAAUCGGAUUCUCCGUGUCUCUCAUGCGAGCCAACGGCUUGGGUAGAAUAUGGAAGGAGAACACCACCAAUACCUCCUUGACAUUCAGCGGCUUGGAGGCCGGCACUCUCUACACCAUAAAGGCCUACGCGUGGAAUGCCAACGGAGUCCCUGGGGACGACUCCACCUGCAAUCAGAGAACAAGUCCUCGUGCCCCUGACCACGUCCAAGUCUCUUUUGAUAGUGGGGCUCUGAAGGCGUCUAUUUCGUGGGCGCUGACGGAAGGCGCUUCCAACUACACGGUGAUGGCGUCGAGUGAGAAUUCAGAGCUGAACUGCAGCACGACCCUCACCUCCUGCACCAUCUCCUCCCUCCGGUGUGGAACUGAGUACCUGGUUUCAGUUUUAGCAAGCAAUGAUGCUGGAUCUAGCAAAUCACCUUCCGCGGUGACCCUGAAGACUGUUGCUUGUGCACCUGCAAGAGUAAUGAUCCGGGAAGAGCCCCCUGGCCACCUAUCUGUGGCUUGGUCCAAUGUCGAUCUGGGGGAUUACUACGUGGCCUUUGUGAAGAGCGAUGAUGGCUUGGAAGUGCACUGCAACACAUCCCUCACGCAGUGCAAUUUCCCAUCUGAGUGUGGCUUCACUUACUUUAUCAGUGUUUUUGCCUAUAACAAAGCAGGACAGAGUCCUCUGGGUGACAUAUUCAAUUACACCACAGCUCCCUGUUGUCCCAGUGACAUCAACCCCGUGAUGGUGUCCAGCGACAGAGUAGAGAUUGUCUGGUCUCCUGUCCGUGGUGCCGAACUCUACGAAACCAAGGCUGUCGAUGGGUCCAAUGUGGUUGAAUGCAACGACACUGUUCCUGCAUGCACCCUGUCGGCUCUAGAGUGUGACACCAAGUACAACAUCACAGUGUAUUCACUCAGUGACAUCCGGGGCAGCAAUACAUCCUGCACGGCCCAACCUAUAACCACAGCUCCUUGCAGUCCUGAAAUAAAAAAUGUUUCGAAGGAUGCGUUCUCCAUGAUUAAUGUGCACUGGCAAUCCGUGAAUGAUGACGCUGUCUACACUGUGACUGCCCAGGGGGAGAAAGGGCUGUACUGGUGCAGCAGCACGGGAGAGUCGUGUACCAUGGGGGCCCUGCCCUGCGGCUCAGUGUUCUCUGUCACCGCUGUGGCAGAAACACAAGCAGGACGGAGCCUGCCCAGCUACAGUGUGCCCCUGGAAACGGUGCCAUGCUGUCCAAUCGGUCUGACAGUGACUCAGGUUACCCAAUCAGUAAUCAAUGUGAGUUGGACUAUUGGGACCGUGGCCCAAACCUACCUGACAGUUCUUGAGUCGCAGACCGGACAGUCUAAGUGCCACACCCAUCAAAACCACUGCCUCCUGGGAUGCAUCACCUGUGGGAUCAAUUACACAGUGGCAUUAAAAGCAAUCAGCGCCACUGGCUUGACUGCGGACUGUGCCUUCCAAAGCUAUUCCUCUAGUGCCUGCUGCCCUUUGGGGGUGAAGUUAUAUAGGCUGGGCCCUAACGGCAUCCGGAUCUACUGGCAAGCCUCCAGGGGCUCUGCCAAUUACAGCACUGACCUCUAUGGCUCCAAAGGCAUUUUCACAUGUGCCCCAGGUGCUGGCCUCAGUUUCUGUGACGUCACAGAGAUCCCCUGUGGGGACGUGUAUACCGUGAUGGUCUCCCCAGUUGCUGAAACGGGACUAAAGCUUACUUUCUGCCCAAAGAAAAUAUAUUCAGUAACCUGCUCUGGAAGUACCCUUGGAAUGGUGAUUUACAGAGGGAAGAGAAAUGCAGAAUGA